AUGGCUGUCCUAGUGAGUUGCGCUGCUGGAGGUGGUCCCGUGCACGUUCUUCCUGCAGGUGCACAGCAGGGUGAAGUCGGGUUAACAUUGGUGAGAAGCCCCACGUAUGGUGAUUCUGUUGAUAGUGAUUUCCAUGGAGAUUCAAGCUGGGUGUGGAUGAGGAGAGGGGUGGCGGCUGCUUCGUUUUAUCGCAGGCAGAGGGCGCCUCCCAGUAAGCUCUCUAUUCAUCUCGUCCUCACAUUGGCCAUGACAGCAGUUGUUCUUUUAAUUAUGAGGUGUGCCUUUAACCAGGUUAAUACUUCUGGAAAGACCUCGCGAAGGGUGCUGGGUGAGGGGGACGACUACCUCGAAGCUUGCGGUAGGCGUAUCCAGCCUUCUCCGAAUAAUGCUGCCGACGCAGCACUCCAGAUAGGCCCACAACUGGAGUCGAGUAUUCGGAGUCUAUUAAAAAAGCAGCAUUCUGUGUUUUUGUCCGCCUGGCGAUCAGUUCCUAAAAUGAUUUCUCUUCUUAGGCUAAAGACGCUGUGCCUCCUUACUGAAUAUGCAGCAAUGGAACACACUGUCAUUUCUGGAUUCCUGCCUGAUAACUUGGAGGAAAAGAGGAGGCAAACCGCAUCCCAUCUCCUUAAUAUGUCGUUAUACAUUGUCCGUGGUACCCCACGCAGGGGUCCGUUUUCGAAGUCGGUGUAUCGCCUAAUCCGAGUGUGCAGGUUUUUUUCAGCAAGUCAAAGCAGACAGGCGAAGCUGCCAAAGAUGACUGCUGAGGAUGCUGUGCAGUUGUUAGAAGAAUUCCUAACGGUGCAGCAUGAAACAUGGGCUUUAAUUUACCGGGCGAUGCUAGAGCUGGAGAGGUGGGGUCCGACCCCAGACGGGCCUCCUUUGGAGCAGACUAGCAUGCUAGUGCUUUUCACAGUAUCUGGGACACUCCGCAUACGUCGGAUGCAAUUGCUGAGGAUUCCGGCAGCAUUAUAUUGCCUUAACGAGCUUCAAGAGGAAACUAAACUGCGGCCAAUUUUCGGCGAAGUAGGCAUAAAGAAGGCUCUUGCAUGUGGCCCUCUACCAGGGGCUGAAGGCCAGAUAAAGGAGAUAAAGUGGUUAGUAAACGAGCUAGUUACGAAAAGAGUGUUAGGCGAAGAGAGUUUAGGAGUAGAAGACGAAAGAGCUCAAAGUGAAUCUUCUGGGACUGCAGCAGACUCUUCAACCAAUUCCCUGCCCCCUCACCGCACGACAAUAAUAGACAUACCGCCAUCAACCGCGCGUUCAGCACUGACAGAACCCGCGCAACGUUUAUUAUCUAGACAAUUUUUUGCCUUGGUUUCUUCGAGCUCUCUUUCCUCGUCUGAGACUGCAGCGGUGACAAGCAAGUCCCAUUCGUCUUCAGCCUCUCCACCGAACCCUUUCCAGCAUGCUGCUUGUUCUGAGGACCGCCCAGGAGUGAAGAUGGAAAAUUCUAAUGUACCAUUCUUGGGAAGUGGUGGAAGACCCUUCCAUGGGGUACCUUUGGGUGCCCCUCCGGGGCCUUGGCCACCUGAGGGAACGCGCCGACCAAUGGGUGCCAUGACACCGUUUGAUCUAUCGAAUUUAGAUUUCUGGGCAAGAGGUCUCAGCCAUCCACCACCAGGAGGGGGCAAAGGCUAG